UAUUUGUUAUCAGACACCUGUUUCAUUCUCAUACAGCAGUUCAGUGACCUGUUUUACGUGUAUAUAAAGACGGAAACUGAGCAAGACGUGUCAGACUGCAUCUGGCUGUCUGACACGAGGUGAUAUUUCACAAUGAGGCGUGCUGCAGCUUUUCUGGCGUUGCUGCUCUGUCUGUACUGGAUGAGGGCUCAGGGUGAGAGUGGAGGGGUGACAGAGAAUGAUAUCACUCAGACAGAGGUUCAGUCUGAGAUCCUGGGUGUUAAAACAACCAGUCAUCAGACUAACAUCACCCCUGAUAUCUGGGCUGAGCUGAAGGAGCUGAGAGACAUGGUGAUCCAACAAAGUGUGGAGCUGAGGAAGAUGGAGCAAGAGAAUACAGAUUUGGAGGCCAGAUUGAACACUACUGAAAAUGUGGUGGAGGAGCUCAAGAGGGAGAACACCGUUUUGGAGGCCAGAAUGAACACCUGUGAAAAUGAGGUGGAGGAGCUCAAGAGAGAGAAUGCAGAACGACCAAAGGUGGCGUUUUCUGUCGGCCUUACUGACGCAGGAGCAGUUGGACCCUUCAAUACUGACAUCACACUUCAGUUCAGUAAAAUUUUCACCAACAUCGGCCAGGCUUAUAGCCCAACUACAGGUGUCUUUACAGCUCCAGUCAAUGGAACCUACUACUUCAGAUUCACCGGGUUUGAAGAUCGGUCUACAAAUUGGCUAGGUAUUAAAUUGUAUCACAAUGACAAGAGAAUUACUGGUAGUUAUGAUGGAAAUUAUGACGAUGGCACUGUCAUGGUGUCUAAUGGAUUUGUUCUUCAACUGGAAAAGGGAGAUGAGAUCUACAUGGUUCUCACCCCAGACUACGGUGUUUCUGAUGAUCACAAUAAUCGUACCACUUUUAGUGGAUUCCUACUUUUUGCUAUGUGAGGUCUGCUGUAAAAACACCCACAGUUGAUUGCAUGAAGUCUCAAUGUUACAAUAUUAAAAAUAUGAAAUCCAAAUAAUCUGUUUGUGUGUGUGUUUUUGUCU